AAGCAGUGGUACAUCUAGGACUAACAAUGUAGCCCCCCAGCCAAUGCUACGUUCCUAUGGCCGACCAUACAGUUGGAAGUGAACAACCUGCUGAAGGAGGUAAAUUUUUCUGUCUGAAUUUAGUGCACACUAGAUGUUCUAGCUACUGCCUUACAAUUGCAGCUUCGUUACACUAACCAGCAAAUGUUUAAGCUACUGCAUUUUGUAAUAUAAUACAGUAGGUAUACACGUAUAUGUGAGAUGGAGACGAGAUGAGUGCGUGUAAAUUAAUAAGAUGUAAUUAGUGCAUAAACAAGAUGAGAACCCAUUGCGUUUACCUUGAUGCCAAUUGUUUUAUGUUUACAGUAAGGUUUGUUUUGUUUAGUUUUUAUACUUGCUUUAUACUGUUUCAGAAGCGAGAAAAGAAAGAAACAAGCGGGGGAGAACUAUUUUUAAGAAGCUUAUUAGUUUGUGGCCCGGUGAGAAGUUGCCAAUCAUCUUCAAAGAAAGACGAGGGGCUGGUCGUAAUGGUUGUGUUUGGACAAGCUAUCUUGGCACAAUCAUAAGAAACUCACAAAUGUGCCCGGUAAGAGUUAAGAGAUGGGCUGACAUAAGCGACGAAGAAUUAGAACAUAUGUGGGCAGCAGCUAAGGAAUACUUUACACAUCCUCAAAUGGAAUCCUUUAAGAGGGAUGUUAUCAAUCAUAUGCGAGGCUUGUGGAGAACUUGGAGAUCUAAAAUGAACUGUGAACAUGUGAAGAACCAUGAUAACUUGGAAGACAUCCUCAAUGAUGUUCCGGAAUUCCUAAUUAAAGAGGAUUGGGAGUGGCUCGUGAAGGAAAAGUUCCUUUGUAAAGAAUUUAAGAAGAUGAGCAAGACCAAUGAGGAGAACAGAGCGUUGAAAACAAUGAAUCAACAUAGUGGAAGAAGACCCGUUCGACAAAUUGCGCUCGAUUUGGAAGAGAAGUUGGGAAGACCUCCAACUGUAGCUGAGCUAGUGUUUAAGACCUAUAAAGAAGGAGACAUGAUAAAAGAUGAUGCAGCAAAUGAAAGACAUGCUAAAAUACUUGAGAUAAUGGAAUCAAAUCCGGACUUCACUGCACUUGAAGUGGUAGAAGCAAUCUUAGGAGAACAAAAGCGUGGUCAUGUGAUUUGUUUUGGAGGUGGCUUAAGGCCUAAGGAUUUAAAGAGCUCCACUUCAACAAAGGAUGCAACGGAUGCGAAUUUGGAAGCCCAAUUAAGACGGUCAGAUGAAGAAAAGGAAGCUCUUCAUCAGUCUGUCAUCGAACUGAAGGGUACUGUUUCUGAACAAGCUGAAGAGAUGGCCACUAUGAAGGCUGAAAUGAAGAAGUUGCAAGAGAUGUUCGCAAGUAGUCAAAAUAGACAACAUUAGGUACGUAUAAUUCUUCCUCCUUGACAACUUUAGGACACUGAAUUUUUAUAUGUUCAUUGAGCUGCUAUUUAUUGUUGAUUAGAUAUAGAACACUGAAUUUCUAUCAUUUUAUUGAGCUGCUGUUUUUUUAGUUGUAUGGAGAGGUUGCCUAUGUAAACAGUUUCAGAAUGAUGAAUUUCUGGCUAGUUAUUGAGCUGUCAUUGUUUUUGUGGUUGGAGAGUGUAGUUGCUCAUGAAAGUAAUUUCAGAACACUUAAUUUAUGGUCCUUUGAUGAGCUGCUGUGUUUUGGUUGUUUGGUUAGAGAAUGCUGAAUUCCUAUCCUUUUAUUGAGCUGUUGUUUUGUUCUUGUUUGGAGAGUAUUGCUACUUAGGAAAGCAGUUUUAGAACACUAAAUUAAUGACCUUUAAAGAGCUGCAUUUUUUUGUUUAUUGGACAGUGGUGUUACUUAAAAAAGUAGAUAUGUAACACUCAAUUUGUGGCCUUUUAUUGAGCAGUCAUUUGUCAUUGUUUGGACAGAGCUGAUUCUUUUUUUACUGGCACUAGAAUUAUUGGUUGUGGCAAUGAAUGCACUAUAUAAAUUUUUGGUCAAAUGUCGGAGAAUGCAUAACAAUGAUCCGAAUAUCUACCCAUUAUUGAGUGUAAUUUGAAGCCUUUGCAAUCUCAUAAGAGUUUCAGUAUAUUUGCUUAAGUUUGUUUGUCUUAGUAGUGCAUACAGUAGUAAUAAGGGGAAGGAAAGUUGCCAUGGAUCAUUGUCUAGCUCUUGGAGCAUAUGAUAAGCAUAUUGUAUAUCUAAUGUAAGAUUUUGGUACGUGUUUUGUAGUGUUGUUUAACUAAUCUAAUCUUUGUAAUCUCUUUUUUUAAUGCAGAACUGCAACACAAGUUGGUGGCUGAAACCAAGGUGAAGCAUAACAAGAGUAGUUCGACCUUGCACGUUGUGGAGUGCAAUGGUAAUUUUGUUUAUAAGAAAGAUAGAAACUACUCUAGCUUAUUUUGUUGAAGCAUUUGAUAUUUUGUGAUAUCAUCAAUUAGAUAGGUACAAUGUGUGAUGAUAUAGGUACAAUGUGACUAAAAUGCUUCAAGAAUUAGAUUUCUGAAUUGUAAAUUAACGUUGGCGAGUAAAUGAUAUGUGGAUUACCAAGACUUCCUAAUUGUUUCAAGUGAGAUUUUUAUCUUAAUUAUUAUAACAUGACUUUCAUGUUACUUAUAGCUAAUAUCCAUAACAGAAUAUAUACUGUGACUAGUCAUCAUUGAUUAAUGUCUAAUAAUAAUAACAGGAUUUUCCCGUGACAAGUAACAAUUAUUUAUCACGGGAAUAAUCGUGAUCAGUAAGAACUAUUCAUCACGGGCUUUAUCGUGACAAAUGGGACAAAACCCGUUGCUUUACUUGGUCACAUCCCGAACAUUCCCGUGACUGUCAGACGAAAUCCCGUGACAAAUAUGUUAAUUAGUCACAGGAUGUCCCGUGACUAUUAUCUAUUUCAGUCACGGGGACUUUUACCGUGUCUAAUCCUUUGUCACGGGAAAUACCGUGCCAAAAUAGAUCUAUUAUGGGAUUUUUUCAGUAAUUUUAUAUUUAUAGUCACGGGAUUUCCCAUGACAAUUGACAUUCAAUCACGGGCAUGCUUGUCACGGGAAUCUACCCGUGGCUAAGGGAUUCAGUAACGGGAAAUGGCUGUUUCGUCACUGGAAAUCCCGUGAUCGAAGAUGUAUUUUCUUGUAGUGCUCCAUCCUUAAUCGUGGCUUUGGACAAACGCUAGUCGACAAGAGCCAUUUUGUGAACAUCUACCCUCCCGUUCCAAAGGAAAUUUCUUUGAUAUUUCUCCAACUCUUUGAUCACCGUUGUUGGGGCUUUGAACAGGGAGAAAAUAUACGUGGGAGUACUAGAAAGGACCGACUUUAUAAGAACGAGACGAGCACUAGUAAAUAGAUAUUGACUUCCCCACCCACAAAGUCUUUUCUAAUAUUUACCAACAAUCUCAUCCCAAAUCUCCCUGUCAUUAGGUUUAGAACCUAGAGGGAAACCCAGGUAGUUGGGAGGAUCCUUACUCCACUUGCAAACAAAUAUUGCCACGAAUCAACCACCUCCCCGACCGUUUACAUUAGUGAUUUCUCCAAACUAAUCCUCAACCCUGUCACAGUCUUGAAGCACACUAAUGUAGCAAGACAAUUUAAAACCUGUUCAUGAUUUGCAUCACAGAAAAUAAGAGUGUCGUCUGCAAAAAGAAAAUGAGUAACCUCGC